AUGACACGUCCCAUUUCUCAGGAGGUUCAAGGAUUUGUCAAGACUCUUUUCAACCAAGGUUGUUCCCUCCGUGCCAUUCAAAAAAUAUUCCCAGAUUUGUCCGUUAGUGUACUUUCUCGCUACAGGAAGAAGUUUCUUGUUCAUUCAAAACAUGCCAAACCCGGAAGACGCAGCAAAAUCACUACGCAAAAUAUGAACUACAUUGAGAGGAAUCUCCGCAAUGGUAAUUUAGACGGCCCUAGGGGUGUGCAGUGCUACCUUGCUCAUAUGGGAGUUCAGAUGACUUUGAGGAAUAUACAGUAUAUACUCAAGCGCAAAGGGUUCAAGGCUAAAAGAAAGGUAAAGACCAAUUUCGUGUUUGCGGAGAACCGGAAAAAGCGUCUUGUGUGGGCCAAGAGACAUCGACAUUUGACUGCGGACGAUUGGCGUAAAUGGGGAUUUUCCGAUGAAACCAGGGUCAACAUGUGGGGAUCUGACGGCGAAUCUUUCUACUGGACUGACAGGCCCACUGAGUUGAUGCCUCAUCAAACUGAGGCUCAAGUUCAGGGAAAUGGUGGUGGUGUUGUUUUCUAG